UCAACUUUCCGCUUCAGAUCUGGAAUCCUAACAAAGUGGUAAACUAGAAGGAGAAGGGGUUUAGGAGUUUGAUAAUACAAAAAUGGACUUGCUUCGCAAAUUGUUCAACCGCAAAACUCCAGAUGGUUUACACGAGAUAUGCGACCAAGUGUUCGUCUUCGGCAGCUGCCUCUCCACCGAUUCUUUGGAAGAAGAGAACUACAAAACUUAUCUGACGGGAGCUGUCAACCAGCUACAAGAGCAUUUCCCUGAUGCAUCCUCUCUUGUCUUUAACUUCCGUGAUGUGGUGGAUACUCGGAGUGUGAUGGCUGAUGUCUUGUCAGAACACGGCUUGACCGUAAUGGAUUAUCCUCGCCACUACCAAGGCUGCUCAUUAUUGCCUGUGAAAGUUAUGAAAAAAUAUCUUUGUUACUGUGACAGCUGGCUCUCACUCGGCCCAAGUAAAUUGAUACUAUUGCAUUGUGAACGAGGGGCUUGGCCGGUUCUAGCUUUCAUGCUAGCUGCACUCCUUAUUUACCGGAAGCAAUACAGUGAUGAGUACAAGACCUUGGAUAUGAUCUGCAAGAAGGCUCCCGUUGAGCUUAUGCAUUUGUUCUCGCCCCUGAACCCUAUUCCUUCUCAGCUUCGGUAUCUACAGUAUGUGUCGAGAAGGACUAUGGUCUCUGAAUGGCCUCCAACGGAAAGGGCUCUCACCGUGGAUUGUGUUAUGUUGAGAUGUCUUCCUGAUGUUAGUGGACAAGGAAGCUUUCUUCGCCCAGUCUUUAGAGUAUACGGUCAGGAUCCCCUUUUUGUAGAUGAUGAUAAAAAGAAGCCUGAGCUCUUGUACUCAAGUGCCAAGAAAGGGAAACAUCUUAAAAUCUACAAGCAGCUCUUCUCAAACAAGGUAGAACUAGUCAAGAUUGACGACAUCAACUGCCAUGUGCAAGGUGAUAUCGUGAUUGAAUGCCUCAGUAAUGACAUGGAGGUCAUGAUGUUUCGAGCGGUUUUCAACACAGCUUUUAUCAGAUCAAAUAUUUUGACGCUCAACCGUGAUGAGGUUGACACAUUAUGGGAUAUAAAAGAACAGUUUCCAAAGGGGUUCGGAGUUGAGAUUCUCUUCUCGGAUAUGGAUGAUGACUCGUCUGUUGAUUUGACGGAGAAAGUUGGUCUUCCAGUAGAAGCUUUUUCCAACGUUCAUGAGUUCUUCAAUCCAACUGACUGGGAUGAUGCUACUCGCAAUACGCGUCAGCAUUUAGCUAUUGCAAAUGGUGUCCAGGAAAUACCAGAUGGGAAGUCAAGCCCAGUACUACAAGGGUUAAGCCCUCCAACAGGAGCUCCCAAUGAUGUGGCUUCCCUUCUUGGACAACCGGUGAAGUCACCUCCUCCAGUGUCUAAAUCAGACAAAACAACUGCAUUACCUCGACCACCACCACCACCA